AUGGCGGGUGACAAGCCGUGGCCACAAGUGCCUGUAGGCAACAAAGAUCAUACCCAAGCAGCGGUUGUGAUCAUCGGGGGAGGCAUCUCAGGAAUGUGCACUGCUAUUGACCUCAUUAAGAGGAACGAGUGCAAGAAUUUCAUCAUCUUGGAGAAGAGCGGUGGUCUUGGUGGUACAUGGCGCGAUAACAAAUACCCGGGCUGCUGCUGUGACGUCUGGUCGCAUUUAUACAGUUAUUCUUUCGAACAGAACCCUGACUGGACGCGAGAAUACCCCGGGCAAGAAGAGAUCCUGCAGUACCUGAUGGGCGUCGCGCAGAAAUAUGAACUCUACCGCUACGUUCGUUUCAACACCGCCGUCGAAUCUGCGAAAUGGGAUGAUGUGGCUAAGAAAUGGGAAACCACCGUAUCCGUUCAGGGAGCUAAAGAUGCCGAAUUUGGAAGCACGUAUACCAUCACCUCCGAUUUCCUGGUGUCCGCUGUUGGUCAGCUGAAUGUUCCGAGGCUGCCCGACAUCCCAGGACUUGACGAGUUUCGAGGCAAGCUUAUGCAUAGCGCCCGCUGGGAUUGGAGCUACGAUCUCCGGGGAAAGAAAGUCGCAAUCAUUGGAAAUGGAGCCACGGCCGCACAAAUUAUUCCCGAAAUUGCUAGAGAGGUGGGACAUCUCACAAUUCAUCAGCGCACGCCCAAUUGGGUCAUUCCUCGACUGGACGCCCCCAUUGCUCCAUGGAAGAGAACGAUGUACAAGUACAUUCCCCUCAUUCGAUGGCGCAAACGAGCGGAUAUGAUGGACUACCGGGAGGGCUUCUAUGACGCUGUCUUUGACCAUUCCUCGGCGACCGCGCAAUUCAUUGAAGCUCAAAGCAUCGAACAUAUGCAUACACAACUCCCUGGGAGACCCGAUCUGUGGGAGAAACUUCAGCCCAAAUAUGCUGUUGGUUGUAAGCGGGUCAUCAUCAGCGAUGACUACUUCCCGGUAUUCCAGCGCGACAAUGUGAAAUUGGAGACUGGCAAGAUCGACGUAAUCACCGCUAAAGGCAUCGUCACGGAGGGCAAAGAAAAAGACUACGAUCUCAUUAUUCUGGCAACUGGUUUCCGCACAGUUGAAUUCAUGCAUCCGAUGGAAAUCACCGGGAGCGCCGGGCGAACCCUCGCCAGCAUCUGGAAGGAAGGUGGGCAGGCCCUGUAUGGAAUUACCGUGGAAAGCCUGCCAAAUUUCGGAAUGCUUUAUGGACCAAACACCAACCUGGGGCACAACAGCAUUAUCCUCAUGAUUGAGUCACAGAGCAAAUAUAUCAACACAUUGAUCAGGGAGGUGAUUAACGCCCGAAGUCAAGGUGGUAGCUUGGUGAUCAAGCCCAAGGAAAAGCGAGUCAAGGAGUUCAACGACGAAAUCCAGUCUGAGCUGGAGAAGAGCAGCUUCGCCGACCCUAACUGCAAUAGCUGGUACAAGGUUAAGGAGACAGGCAAAAUCACCAACAAUUGGAGUCGGACGGUGCUGCUCAGCCAUGUCAACUGGUCCGAUUUUGAUCUAUCAGGAAGUGGUGCAGACAACCUUGUCAGACGGGAAAGUACUUACAUUGGACGCGUGAUUGAAGAAUCCCUGGUGAGCUACCAGACAAUGGGUUGGACCGCGCUUAGCCUCGCUGCUGUUGGUGCAGCGGGAAUGGCUCUUCGUCAUGCAGGCAGGUUACGGUUUGGUUAA